AUGAUAUGGACGGGGGAUGUGAGGGAGGAAGGCAAGAAGGACGGGGUGAGGUGCCAGUGUUCCAAUGCGGAGAGGAACAUCAGAGGAGCCCCUUUGCCAACAAGUAUGCUGACCAGAGCUGAUCUAGGCGACCUGAAGGAGCUCUGGGACUGGGCAGAGUGUGUCAUCCCAGGCAUAGCGAACAAGAUUUCAAAAACUGCUGGGAUGCUUAUGGUCGCCAUCGUCUGGGCAAUCGGUGCCUUCCACUUCAUCAUAUAUUGGCCGUAUAUUUUUCAAAAGCGAGUGGAGGGUGCCAUGAAGGGGUGGAAGGAGGCGACGGAGGUGGUUGAGGAGAACGGUGGAGAGAGUAGAGGAGCGGCCUUGGAAAGUGCUGAGGACAGCGAAAGCGGAAGCGCAUCAGCAAGUCAGGCCCCACCCGAAGGAGUCGAGUGCGGUGGCAGAAUACCCCCGUGUACUCUAUGUACACUUAUGUAA